UAUAGCAAAUUAUAAGAAACUAAAUUUAGGAUUAUUAAAUUUGCUUAUGUGGAGUUUGUUGACACCACUUUGGAACAAACUGUACUCAUCACCUAUUUGAAUACAUCCAUCAGAUGUGCUUUCAGUUUUAUCAUUUUGAACAAUAUUGAUCUCGGAUAAAAUUCUAUUAGAUGAUUGAGCUUUACUAUCUUGAACAAGAAUUGUAAAUAUCAUUUCUGUGCCUUGUCCGUAAACUGACUUCAUCUUGAUUUCUCCUCCUAAUAACUCAACAUACUUCUUGCUGACUGUCAGGCCCAGGCCACAGCCAUUUGGGUUCAAGUCUUCAUUGUCAUCAAUAACACCAAAUAAUUUGAACAGACACUCUUGGUCUUUCUUCUUGAUGCCUGUUCCAGUGUCUUUGACUCUGAACUCAACAAAGCUAGAGCCAUCCAAAGUUUUUGUAAGAGCUGCUUCAAUCUUAAUGAAGCCGCUGAAUGUGAGCUUGGAAUUAUUCAAGACUAGGUUCAACAAGAUUUUUAUUAUUCUGUUGCAGUGGGAACUGGCUUUACACAGCUGGAGUUCUUCAUCACACUCAAGACCAAGUCUACUUCUUUGCUUUAUCACUGGACUUCCAACAACAAGUGGGCUUCAUCGAACAGUUCUGAAACACUGAACAAAAAGAACUUAAUUUGCAUGGUCUCGUUGUCGAUUUUAGGCAAGUUUAAAAUGUUAUCUACAAUAGUCAGAAGCAGCACUGGCCAGGUGGCUCUGGUCUCCACAAACUUCGAGAUGAUCUCAGAGUUCAUGGUGAUGUUUCUUUUUAAGAAUUAACCUUAGUGAAUCUUCUGUCUGAAAGUGCUGAGUAGUUCUUCAAAACUUGAUUUGAUGGAGUUGAAAGAGUUGAUGAUGGCAUCCAGUGGAGUUUUGAACUCGUGACUCACACUUGCAUACAUGAUCUUUUGCUUUUUGAUUCUGGUUUUGACAUGUUCGAGUUUAAUGAUGUCAAUAAUGUCAAUAAAUACAAACAUUACUGAUGAGUGUCUCCUCCACUCAGUCUUUAAGGACUCUAUAUUGAAGUUUCUAAUUGGUUUAUUUUCUUUGCCUAAUCCAUCAUUUAUACUGUCUAGCUAGCCUGAAUCAUUUCUUAAUACUAUAAAUAUGCACUCUCCAAUGGGAAUAAAUCCUAAGUGGGUACAUUUGGUGAUCCAACUCAAAUAAAUACUUUUCUCCUUGCCCCAGUGCUUCUGAAUUGAAUGAUAGCAUUGUCUUGGAUUCGUUUUAGCUUAUUCUGUCUUUGAUAAUGAUGCUAAGCUAAAUACUAGAGAAGAGUAAGGCUUCUUGCUAAUUUGUCAUGUUCAUCUUUAUUACUCGUGGUGACCUUGACUUUAUCCGGUUCCUGGAUCUUC